AUUGGAUUGAGAGGUACUACGUCGUGGAUUAUUUACCAAAUUUGAAAUCUAAGUUAGGAGCGUACUGGAUAACGCUCUUAAAUAAUUAUUACACACAACAGGUUAGGACCUGGCAGAGAAACAAACCGAAUAAACUGGUUGAGUUACAAGAUGUAGGCCAAAUAUUUGGUAAAGCCUAUGUCAGAGCAGCAACCCUCUCCAAUGCUGAAAGUGGUUUCAAGACAAUUGGCAUUUUUCCUUAUGAUAAUACCAAAUUUGCGGACAUUGAUCUUACACCUUCACGAUUAACAGAACGACAAAAUACCUUUGACCCAACCCCAGAUGAUGUUUCAACAACAACAUUAUCUCUUCAACCAAAGGCGAUUAACUGUGAACCCGAGACUCCUUCUACCUUCAAGGAUUCAAAUGCCUCAAAAAAAUGUGGACCCUUAUUUAGAAAAUCCAACAAGUGUUAAAGACAAGCAUACAACCACGACGAGUGCUACUAAUUUAACAAUUUCAUUUUAUGCCGCAAGCAAAGCUUUACAAAAAACACCACCUUUAAAGGAAAUCAUGUCUCCAAGUGAUAUUCUUCCGUUGCCUAUAGUAGUGCCUAAAAAUUUGAAAAAAGCCGGGAAACGUAGACGUGGUGAAACUGCGAUUAUCACAUCAUCCCCAUACCUACUAGAGCUAAAAGAGAACUUGGAUAAACCAACUUCAAAAGCAGUAAAAAGUGUUAAACGAAAGUUGUGUGAAGAUCAUAAUGCUAAGAAUAGACCCAAAAAAUUAAGAAAGUCUAGGAAAAUAUCCACAGAUUCGGAGAGUUCUACGGAAGAGCCCACAAACUACUAUCAGGAUUCUGACUUUGAAGAAUCCAAGUUCCUAUAUGCCAAAGACAUAACGACGUUAAACAAAGAGAAAGAAAAUGAAUUUACUUUGAUACACAAGGAUAUUGAUCCAGAAAAUUUUGUAUUGGUAACCCUAACAGAAAUCACAAAGGGAAAAUAAAUUUGUUGGAAAAAUUAAAGGGCAGUGUUUAAAAAAAAUUAAUGGUGAAGUUGCUUAUGAUAUAAUCUAUAUGCGAAACUAUCGUAAUCAUUAUGACUCAUUUGUCUUUCCAGAUUUACCUGAUGAGAGUAUCAUAUUAGAAAGUGACAUUUUAGGCGUUCUGACAAAUUUUCAUUCUUUUCGACAUGGGAUAAUUAAAUUUU